AAGUUCUUGAAAGCUGACGCCGCUAUUGGCAGCAUAAACAUAAUUUUCUUUUUGGGUAAUCGCGUUCAAAAGUCAAAUUUUUUUGAUGUUGCUUCGAAUUAAUUUUUGAAAGCAAGUUUGCGUGGGAUCAUUCAGCAUCAGAAGUUGUUUAAAAUAUUUUUAUUUAUCUUAUUUUAUAUUUAUAUUGUUGUAAUUUUUUCCCGAUUUUUUUAAAUAUAAACAUUGACCAUGGCACAAGAAUUUCAACAAGAAUAUUUGGAAAUGCCCAUCAUUACAAAAGCUUACACGACUGCCUGUGUUCUUACUACAGCUGCUGUGCAACUUGACAUAAUUUCACCUUUCCAGUUGUACUUUAAUCCUGAUUUAAUAUUUAAACACUAUCAGGUAUGGCGCCUGUUCACAACUUUCCUGUUUUUUGGCACAUUUGGAUUUAAUUUCUUAUUCAACAUAAUUUUUACAUAUCGAUAUUGUCGCAUGCUGGAGGAAGGCUCAUUCAGAAAUCGCCCAGCUGAUUUCUUUUACAUGUUUUUAUUUGGUGGAAUACUAAUGAUUAUCAUAGCAAUGUUUGUAAACUUACUGUUUUUGGGUCAAGCAUUUACAAUUAUGUUAGUUUAUGUAUGGAGCCGUCGGAAUCCUUAUGUGCGCAUGAAUUUUUUUGGACUGUUAAGUUUCCAAGCUCCUUAUCUCCCUUGGGUUUUAUUAGCUUUUUCAUUACUAUUGGGCAAUUCUGUCAUGGUUGAUUUGAUGGGCAUAGCUGUAGGACAUGUAUAUUACUUCUUAGAAGAUGUAUGUCCAAAUCAGCCUGGUGGCAUGAGAAUAUUGAAGACACCUCGGCUAAUACAGUAUAUUUUUGAAAAUGCAUCAUCUGAAUCGAAUCAACCACCUCCACCACCUGAAGAUAGACCUGGAGGAUUUAUGUGGGAAUGAUCAUAACUGGAAUGUCUUCCAUUUGUAAAAUAUGUAAUCUUUAUCUUAGCACUUUCUCUGUACAUUUUGUAAAAUUAAAAUAUUUUCACACACUUAA